UUUCAGAGCUAACAACGCAUCGAGAACGUCGUACCGCCGGCCCAGAACACCGAUCCGAUAAAAAUGAAAGUACUUGUGCUAGCUCUGCUCGGCGUGGCGCUGGUUGCCGCCGAUGUGUCCCACCUGCUUGACCACCAUCACCAUGAGCACCAGCAGCACGACGAGCAAGCACAUCCUGGCUAUAACUACGAGCCGCCGAGCGUUCCAUUCGAGCUACCUGUACCUGCGCCCAUUUACCUGCCCGUCAAGCAGCCGGAAGUGCCAAAGCCCACCUAUCUACCACCUGCGCAGCCCAAGUCCACCUAUCUGCCACCCGCACCACCCAAACCAGAGUAUUUGCCGCCCGCACCACAGGUGCACGAAGCGCAGGAGCCAGAGACCAGCUACUUGCCACCUACCCCAGUGGAGCCAACCUACAAGAUACCCAUCCCCUCGUAUGCCGCGCCACUGGAGCCGGACAAUGUCUACUUGCCACCACAGGAAAUCGUGGAGCCACAUAGCGACGAUGGAUACCACUAUGAUCCACCAGCCACGCCCUUCAUCUAUUAAGCGAUUACUUAAGCCAUUAUCUUAGCCAUGUUUGCCAACUAAUAUUCCUCCAUGUGCAUAUACCUGUAACUGUAUAGAUCGAUUUGUAUUUGUAAAAUGUCCAGCUAUUUAUUUAUAGC